GUUUGGACAGCGUAGGGUAUAAAAGACGACAGUAGACGGCAAAGUCCACAGGACGAAGCACUUUUCCUUCCUUUCCUUUUCCCCCGAACGUGAAACAUGGUUGCUCCUGUCUACUGUUUCCUUGUCGUCGUUCUCGCUGGAGCUCAGGCUUUCCAGCCGGACGACGAAGAUUUGAGGACAGGGUUUCUUCAACUGCAGGAGAUGAUGAUACAUUUGGCAGAGGACAUGAAGGCGUUAAAGCUGGAAGUGGAGGACAAGAGGAAGACCAAGGAAACAGCAGGACAUGACAUUGUCGACGUACCGAGGGACAGACGUCAGAUUUCUUGUGAAGAUGGGCACGUUGCUUUAACUGAGCAAACUGAAACAUCCUCCUGUACCGCGGGUCUCUGCUGCCAGCCCGGCCGGGAUGGUCGGGACGGCGCGCCGGGUCGGGACGGGGCGGCGGGAAGAGACGGGCAGCCGGGACCACAGGGCCCGAUAGGACCGAGGGGCGACAUCGGGCCGGAGGGGCCUCCUGGGGAGAAGGGAGAGACAGGAGCGGACGGGAACGGAGGCAGUUCCGUGUACAUCCGCUGGGGAAGGACCACCUGUCCGAAUGACACCGACACGUCACUCAUUUACGAUGGCAUCGCUGGAGGGACAGACUACACCCACAGCGGAGGCGGCGCCAACUACGUCUGCCUACCGAAGGACCCUGAGUGGGGAGUCUUCACGGAUGGAAACCAGGGAAGUGCGUACAUGAACGGCGCGGAGUAUGAACUCACCGAAGGGAACAACCCAUUCCAGGGCGCCUCCCUUCAAAAUCACGACGUCCCCUGCGCCGUCUGUCACGUGGCGUCUCGCGGCUCCAAGCUGAUGAUCCCCGCCCGUCUCAGCUGCCCUAGCGGCUGGACCCGGGAGUACAAGGGUUACCUCAUGACUGCCCACUACACUCAAUAUCGCGCUGAGUUCGUCUGCAUGGACGGGGAGCCUGAGACCAGGCCCGGCGGACACGUGAACCACAACGGCGCGCUGUUCUACCCGGUCGAAGCCAACUGCGGGGCCCUGCCGUGUCCCAACUACGUGCAGGGCCGUGAGCUGACCUGUGUGGUCUGCACCAAGUAACGGCUCUGUCAACGACAUGAAACCA